UGAAGAUGCCAUAUAUUAAGAAGACAGCUGGAAAAAAGGCCCCUGCAAAAAGGAAACUUGCUGAAGUAUUUGCUCUGGGGGAGGUUCUAACGGACACAUCAAGGAAAGAAUGGAAAUUAGGUGUUCCUAUAGGGCAAGGAGGCUUUGGACGCCUGUACCUUGCUGAUGUUAAUUCUUCAAAGUCGGUUGGCAGUGAUGCACCUUAUGUUGUGAAAGUGGAACCCAGCCAGAAUGGACCUCUUUUUACUGAGUUAAAGUUCUACAUGCGAGCUGCUAAGCCAGAUGAAAUUCAGAAGUGGACUAAGUCCCAUAAACUGAAAUAUUUAGGUGUGCCAAGAUAUUGGGGUUCUGGCUUGCAUGAAAAAAGUGGAAACAGCUAUCGGUUUAUGAUAAUGGAUCGUUUUGGAAGAGAUCUUCAGAAGGUGUAUGAAGAGAACGCAAAGCGAUUUGCUCAUAAAACUGUACUUCAGUUAGGCUUGAGAAUACUUGAUAUCCUGGAAUACAUCCAUGAGCAUGAAUAUGUGCAUGGAGACAUCAAGGCCUCAAACCUUCUUCAGAGUUACAAGAACCCUAGUCAGGUGUAUUUGGUGGAUUAUGGGCUUGCCUACCGCUACUGUCCUGAAGGAGUUCACAAAGCAUAUAAGGAAGAUCCUAAAAGGUGUCAUGACGGCACUAUUGAGUACACCAGUAUAGAUGCACACAAGGGUGUGGCACCAUCGAGACGUGGGGAUCUGGAGAUCUUAGGUUACUGUAUGGUUCAUUGGCUUAGUGGCCAUCUACCAUGGGAGGAUAAUUUGAAAGAUCCAAAUUUUGUCAGAGAGUCAAAGAUCAGAUGUAGAGAUAACAUUUCAGAGUUGAUGGACAAAUGCUUUCCUGGGAAAAAUAAACCAGAUGAAAUAAGGAAAUAUAUGGAAAAGGUGAAGCAACUGAGCUAUGAGGAGAAACCUGUGUAUCCACAUUUCCGAGAAAUACUUCUGCAAGGACUCAAGUCCAUUGGGCAAAAAGAUGAUGGAGUACUUGAAUUUGGCUUGUCAGAAAACGGAGACGUGCAAACGAACCCUGUACAAAAGUGACAAGAAGCUUAGCUUGAUGACUUUUUGAAAGAUGAGCACUCUCUGUGAUCCAAACUGUUAGAAGCUGCUUUCUGUAAAGAUAAUUUAGCAUUGAUUAGUAGCAUCUUGCCUCAGAAAACCAGUAUCUUUCACCACAUUCUGAAUUUCUUUUGGCGUGAUUGAAGUCUGAUUUGGAAAAGAAAAAUGGAGUCUGGCUUCCACUUCUGAAAAGAUGUUGACCUGUAUAGCAUGGAGUGUUUGUGACGUUUUGGCUGUACCGAUCAUUCAGUUCUGCUAAGUCUUCAAACACCUACUUUUCAGUUCUUUUAGGGCAAUCUACUGUAAUGCUGUCUUGAGUGUCAUUUGGUGUUCUGAAACUUUGGUAUUUCCUAACUAGAUGAGAAUUUCUAACUUCAGUCUAAUUGUUAGGAUGUAGGAUUCUCUUGUGUAUUCAGGUUAUGUAAGUAAUUGAGCCAUGAUGUGCAUUGUUCAUUGCAUAUAAGCGUGGAAUCUCUUUCUCCAGCACUGGUAUCUGGCUAAAAUGCACAGAUGCCUGCUAUGUUAAAGGUUAACAUUUUGUUUUCAGUAUCACGACUCUAAUGACUCAAGUUUUCCCAGAUGCUUAAGUAAAUGAAACACAGUCCACAGUUCUGCUGGUGGAUUUUUUUUUUUUUUUCUUUUUUCAUUUCUUUAAAAUACAUGCAUGUUGGUUUGAUUGUGUGGUAUUUUGUGAUAGUUCUGGCUGAAAGAAAACUUGCAAUCCUGUGUAUUGAACAAAAUAUCUGGAACUCUAUACUAAAUUAUUCAGGGCAGGGACUGCAUGUUACUUUUGUUUGGUACCGAAGAGUUGCUGGGAAAUACUGGGAACCAACUGGGAAAUGUGGUUUUUAAUUUAAUGAUGGGCCUCAGAUACACAGGUGUAGCUAUUGUUAGAUGAAUGCAGCCUGAUUUCUAUUACUAUGUAAUUCACCUGCAUCGAGAUUAAGAAACCAUUUUUAUUAAAUAAGCUUGGAAACAAGAUAAAUGUAUUUUGCUUUUGUGUGGCAUAUAUUGGAUAUCCGUUUUUCUGAUGAGCAUUUAAAAUGUUUUCUAGUACAAUUGCGAGGAAUGUAUUAUCUCUCACAUAAAAGCAGUGCAGCACUGAAAUAGUCUUCCUUAAUUUUGGUCAGAAUGAACAAAAGUGUCUGUGUUUAUUCCUGCCUAAUGCAUCACAAAUCUGCUGACAUGCUAACCUUGGAGUCUUGGCUGGCGGUAAUCAGGCCUGUGCACCGGCAGGAAAGAUGUACCUAAUGCACUCCAUCAGUGCAGUUUGCAUAUGGAAGUUCUCACAGGGGAGCUGCCCUGUGCCAGCUGAGGGUUACCUGCCCACUGCAGUUAUUGUAUGUAAUUAUCGAACCAAUCUGUUCAGCCCAGCAGGGUUUAGAUGGUAAUCAUGAAGCAACACUUUGGAAAGGAAAGAUGUAAUGCACUCUCCCCUUCUCUCAGGAGCCACGUGAAGUUGUAACCACUUAAGAAGCUGUAUUAGUAAAGCUAUAGUCUUACACAGUUUGGGGGGAAAAAAUAAGUAAACUCUUUUAGUGUUCCUCAACUGUUGUUAAAUCUCUGCUACAAAUAUAGGGCAGCUAAUCCUUUGCAGAAAUGAUACAGGUUUUGAAUGAAAUAUUUUCUUAACUACCUUACGAAUAGUUUGCUAAAAUAAGAUUAAUUGUACUACACAAAUGACGGAGACCAGCUCAAGAGCCAGGUCUGUUUUGCUUAACAGUCUUCCUCACACAAAUAAUAAGGUUACUAUCAAUUUAGGGAUUUUAAGAUAAGGUACGUUGAGUAGAGUUGAACUUCUCUUUGGAAUAGAACUUAUCAUUGCUAUUAGGUAAAAAUAAUAACAUACUGUUAGCAGAUGUUAUCAACUUUUAAGCUGUGCAAAGCAAGCUUUCAGAAGCCAGAAUCCAGAUAAACUUGAAUUUAGUGAUGUAUAAUUGCUUAAGGAAAAGCCAUUAACAUAAACUUGGGGUAAAAUGUUUUUCUGUGUUCUUCGAGAUGCUUUUUCUGAUGAAUCCAUUUGUAACCAUUUAGCCAAUGUAAAUAAAAUAGAUGUUUAUCAUAAAAUCUUACGUUUUCAUAUAUGAAAAUUCCAACUGAUGUGAUUUGUAAACAGGAGAACUGAACUUUUAAACUGUUUGUUGCUUAGUACUGGUAUUCUUACAUUGAUAAAUGAAUAGGUGUCCUCUACAACUGAUAGCUUGAACUAUAGGAGGAAAUGAUGGUUAAAAUUGUAGAAUAUCUUGCGAGGAUAAUGUGUCUUAUACUUUCUGAGUUCAAUUGCCAC